AUGGAUAACAUCGCCCAGACACGCUCUACUCACAACCUCUCGUCUCAGGUACACCCCGCUUCAGUCACACACGAUGCACCGGCAUCCCUUUCUCCAACACCACCUCCCCAGACAGCCCCUCGUACAAGCGCUCCUCUACAGGCACCUGAUAUUACGCAAGGUCAAGUAAAGGACACUUCGACCAAUGCACCCAACAGAUCUGACCUCGACGGCAAGCGUGACACCUUGCUGUCGGCCUACCUGCUCCUUGUCCCCAAAGAAGACUCAGAGAAGAUGUUGGUUCUGCCUGAUUGGCUCGCAAAGUUCAUAGGCUCUUUGUCAAGCGAUGAUCCGAUUUUCAAGCAUACGUCCUGGAAUAACCUCCCAGUCGCAGCCAAUACGAAUGAGGAAUCACUUCCACAUGAGGACAACGCUAAGCAGAUUAUCUGGGACUUGCGACAUAUGUUGUGGGAGAACAUCGACCGUCAUUUUGCCCUCGCAACGCGUUCUGCGGUGCUUGUCAGCAAGGGAUUCGAUAUUGACAUGGACCGGAAGAGCCUGUUCCGGGUGUUUGCCUUCUUUGCAUUCGCGGAGAAUGAAGCGCUGGGUCGGGACCUUGCUAUGACGUUGGAACCGAAAUACGACUCGUACUGGCUCGUCAUCGCUCGUCAUCAAGAACAAGAAGUAUAG